AUGGUCGGCACUGGCGAAUACACCACUGGCUUUGUCGGUGGUGGUGCCUCUGGAUCAGACAAGAAGGUCGGCGUAGUAGGUUUGACCCUCUUUGACCUGCGCCGACGAGGCAAGGUUAGCGAUCUGAGCAUGGUGGGUGUGUCAGGAAAAAAGUUCCCUGGAAUCCGUAAGUCGCGAGAAGAGAAACAAGAAACAAGAAAGGUUCAUGUGUUAACCAAAGGAACAGGCGAUCACCUGCACCGCAACAUCUCACAAGUCUACAACAACCUCGACACCUCCUUCGCCUCCUUCCCCGCAGAUGACCAAACCGACCCCGAUGCCUACAAGACUGCCAUCGAUGCUCUCCCCAAGGGAUCUGCCAUCACGAUCUUUACUCCCGACUCCACCCACUAUCCCAUUGCCCUCUAUGCUAUUGAGCGUGGCCACCAUGUGUUGAUCACCAAGCCCGCCACCCAGCGCCUGGGAGACCACCUCGCCCUGGUCGAGGCUUCUCGCAAGCACGGCGUCUUCGUCUUCAUUGAACAUCACAAGCGCUUUGACCCGGCAUACUCAGAUGCCCGGGCCAAGGCCAAGACCCUCGGUGACUUCAACUACUUCUACAGUUAUAUGAGCCAGCCUAAGAGCCAGCUUGAGACCUUCAAGGCCUGGGCUGGCCGGGACUCAGAUAUCUCUUACUAUCUGAACUCCCACCACAUUGAUAUCUGCGAGAGCAUGGUCCCCGAGUACAAGCCAGUACGUGUAACUGCUACUGCAUCUCAGGGUACCGCCGCCGCGCUUGGAUGUGUGCCGGAGACCGAAGAUACUAUUACUCUCUUGGUUGAGUGGCGCCGUCGUGAUGAUCCCUCAAAGAUUGCUACCGGUGUCUACACCGCAAGCUGGACAGCGCCCCAGAAUGCAGGUGUGCACUCUAACCAGUACUUCCACUACAUGGCCGCCAACGGCGAGAUCCGUGUGAACCAGGCCAAGCGUGGUUACGAAGUUACCGGGGAUGACCAGGGUCUGAUCCAUUUCAACCCAUUCUACAUGCGCUACGCCCCCGACGAAGAAGGAAACUUCAGCGGCCAGACCGGUUACGGCUACAUCAGUUUCGAGAAGUUUAUUGAUGCCGUCACUGCCGUUAAUGAGGGCCGGGUGACCCUCGACCAGCUUGAUGCUCGCCCGCUUCCCACCUUGCGCAACACCAUUGCCACUACGGCGAUUUUGGAUGCCGGUCGUAAGUCUCUUGAUGAGAGACGGCCCGUGGAAAUUGUCUCUGAGGGAGAUAACUGGGAACUUAAGUAA